GCUGAUGUCGGGGUGGAGGCGGCGCUAUUAGGCCGGCGGCCUCUCGCUGCCUCGGGUUGCCUUGAAGUCCGCGAACCCGGUGAUUUAAAUAUUAACUCGAGGGAGGGAGGGUGACUAGUUACUUCAUAAAUAGGGCGGCUCGGAGCGGACCUGGACGCGGCCAGGGGGUGGAGAGAAACUUUUCGCUCUGUGGCCGGCAUCGGGCUCCGAGCGCACCGGACCGCCCGCUCGGCUGUGGGAGGCGGUUGGCAGCGCGGGGAUCAGCCAUGGGCUCGCCGCCGCGGUGGGACGUCGCGCUGGUGCUCGCGGGGCUGCUCGCGCUCUGCCCCACGCGGGCACGCGCGGAGAGGGACGCGGAAGUGUACUGUGGAGUUUGCAGAGCAUUAGUAGAUGAAAUAGACUGGGCAGUUAAGAAAGUGGAUCCAAAAAAGACAAUUCAAGUGGGAUCUUUCCGAAUUAGUCCUGAUGGCUCUCAAAAACCAAAUGAGAUUCCAUAUGCAAGAUCUGAGACCCAUCUACUUGAACUUUUUGAAAAUAUUUGUUCGAACAUGGAUGAUUAUGCACUAUAUGUGGAUCCUGACACCCAGAAGAGGAGUUACAUGAGAUUUGCUCCAAGAGAUUCUGAGAAAAUGGGUUCAGUAGAUUUCAAGAAUUUCAAAUUUGAUCCUGAAAAUUCAAAAUCACUGAAGUUUGUGUGUGAAAAUAUAGUGGAAGAAUAUGAAGAUGAAAUAAUUUCCCUGUUCACCCAUGAGGCAGACCAUGUGGCUGACAAGCUAUGCAGUGAAAAAUCAGAAUUUUGUGAUCCAUCUAUACAAACUCUGCACCCUGAACUGUAAGAAUUGGUGUGUUUCAAACUGGAAUGGGAGAGCUCUCAAUGUCUACAUCAACAGCUGGCAAAUUUACACUGGACCAGGAUUGCUGCUCUGAAUUUAAUCUUUGCUCAUAUCUUCUCUCCAAGAACCACUCAACCACAGAUUUGGAUAUUUUCAUUAUGGCUAUAUCUUUUGAUAAUUCCUGAUUUAUUAAAAUGUAUUUGGAUUAUCCACAAUUUAUUAAAGAUGUUUUAUAAGUCACUUAUAUUAAUGCUCAUUUUCAGGAAGAUUUUUAGCUUAAUACUGGAAGCAAAAUAAAAUGCUCCUUUCUUUUAUGUUCAAAUGUGUGUUCUGAUUCUUUCUAAGAUUUAUUGUCAAUUGUACGUUUCAAUACCUGCAAAUAAAAUUUUUAUUCAAAA